AUGGAAGAUAAAAAAGGAAGAACUUGUGACAAUUCAAAUGACUGGUGCUCGCAGGGCGGGAUAAACCAGAAACAUGAGGAUUAUCCUGGCAGGGCCAAGACACAUUCGAAAAGAACUCUUCCUAUUUCAAAAAUGUUUGAAUCUCCUUAUACUACUCCUCACCCUCCUCUCGCAAAUGAGAAUCUCCCAGUUUCGGAUGUCACCGUUCAGGAUGAUAAAAAACAUGGGCUAACAAGCAGUUUGGCGAUCGCCGCAAUAAUAAUUGGAUUAUUUAUAAUAUCAUCAAUAGUAAUAUAUGGACUUAUUCGAUUUGUAAGGAAAAGAAAAAAUAAUUCUGCUUCCAAACCACAAGAACAAGAAGUGAGAUUACCCACAAAUCAUUUAACAAUAACCAUCGACCCUAUUAAGCAUAAUCAUUAUGCACAAGAAUCAUGUACCACCCCAGAUACUCGACCAAUAUUAGAUUAUUACUCUUCAAAGGCUGGUUUGGCCUUAAACCCUUCAUCACUUGGUAAUAAUAAUUCAAAAAAUUCUGCCAGAUCAAAUAAUCCAAACUUUAAUUAUAAUAAUGAUGAAUAUACCACAGUCGAGAUUAAUGAAAAUACUACCACAACAGGAGAUUCCACCAAAGAAUUCUCUGGUGAGAACGAGUAUGUACCGCAGUAUUAUAACGGAUUAGAGAUUCCUCCUUUAGGUGCAAGGAUCAUUCCGUUGGAACGUCAAUACUAA